AGGCUACUAACUAGUAUCCCCCAUUUUUAUAUCACUUUAUAUUGCUACCAACUUCAUAAAGAAGUCACUGUCUAGUAGCUUCCAUUCAAGCUUCAUCACUAUAAGUAUACACACUCUCUUGCAAGUGCCAUCACAAAACCUCUUCAGAAACAAAGCAAAAUGAAGCUUCUCUUCGCUACUCUACUGCUUUGUUCUCUUCUUCUAAGCUCCUCUUUCUCGGAGACAGCCAUGGCUUAUGAAGAAUCAUCUUAUUGCAGCAGCAAGUGUUCGGAUAGGUGCUCUGUGGCAGGGGUUAGAGAUAGAUGUCUGAAGUACUGUGGAAUAUGCUGUUCGGAGUGCAAAUGCGUUCCUUCUGGAACCUAUGGGAACAAGCACGAGUGUCCUUGCUACAGAGACAAGCUCAACAAGAAGGGCAAACCCAAAUGCCCUUGAUUCCUUCAACUCAUGUGUGUUGUGUUGUGUACGUUAGUUCUUAGGUUAAGUUUUGGUGUUGAGUUUUAUGUUAUCUGUGUCAGCUAUUUCUAAGCAUGUGUUGGAUUUUGCAUAAUCCUAAACAUCAGGUUUCCAAUGUCUGUUGGAUGUUAGAUCUGAAUCCGAAUAAAUUAGACAUUCCGCGCAAACUGUCUUCUGGAUGAAUGUAAUUAGUUAAAACUAUGAUUUAGAUUUUAUGACAAUUAAUCUAUGUGGUUGAUGGAGAUUUAAAAUUCA